UGGGAAAACCUGGAGAGAGCGCAUUCAUGGAAAGAGUCAGUGGUUCGGAGGUGAGAGCCGACUCUUUGUUGAGUGUGAGUCAGUGAACGACUUCCUCGCAGGCAUGAACACCACGGUAGAGAUGGGACGAUUCCAGCCGCCCACCAUCCCAGUGAUCAUGUUCAUUUUCGGGGUGGUGGGUAAUGUCAUCGCCAUCGUGGUGCUGCGAAUAUCGCGAAAGGAGCAGAAGGAGACGACUUUCUACACCCUCGUGUGUGGCCUGGCGGUGACCGACCUCCUGGGCACCUUGUUGGCCAGUCCCGUCACCAUCGCCACCUACAUGAAGGGCACCUGGCCCGGGGGCGACCCCCUGUGCCAGUACUCCGGCUUCAUCCUGCUCUUCUUCUUCUUGGUCCAACUCAGCAUUGUGUUUGCCAUGUCGGUGGAGAGAUACCUGGCCAUCAACCACGCGUACUUCUACAACCAGUACGUCAACCAAAAACUCGCGGCGCUGACACUGUUCUCCAUCUACGUCGCCAGUACCGUGUUCUGCGCGCUGCCCAGCCUGGGACUGGGGCAGGUGAAGCUGCAGCGGCCGGGCACCUGGUGCUUCCUGAACUGGCAGAACAACCGCACCACGGUGGCCACUUAUAAUCUGAUGUACGCAGGUGUGAACUCGGUGAUUGUGCUCGCCACGGUUAUAUGCAACGUGAUGGUGUGCGGGGCGCUCAUCCUGAUGCACAAGAGGUUCAUCCGCCGGACCUCACUUGGCACCGACCAGAGGCGGAUCGCUGAGCUGCGGCGCAGACGGAGUUUCGGACGUUUGGCGGGAGCAGAGAUCCAGAUGGUGAUUCUGCUGAUCGCAACCUCCGUCGUGGUCCUCAUCUGCUCGAUACCCCUGGUCCUGAGAAUCUUUGAGAACCAGCUGUACAAAAACCAAAAAGAGGAGCCAUUUGGACUGAAUAAAGACCUGCUGGCCAUCCGCAUGGCCUCCGUCAACCCCAUCUUAGAUCCCUGGAUCUACAUCCUGCUCAGAAAGACCGUGGUGCUCAAGCUGAUGGAGAAAAUAAAAUGUCUGUUCUGCAAAAUGGGCAGACGGGGUCGGAGGGACGGGGAGCAGUUCCACUGUGCCAACGACCACCACUCCUCCUCAAUCAUCUUGAGGGACUCUCCGUCGCUACAGUCGCACGAGGCACGGGAAAUAGCGAGCAGCACCUCACAGACAUUCCUGUACCCAUCGGAGGAAAACAGCGGGAGGUCGGGGUCGUUUCACGAAGGAGCACAGACAGACUCCGGUCCGCCAGUGACACAGACAUUACAGGGCUCCCAGGAGGUGGAGGGGCCACCGCGGGGUCUUUCACAGACUGACUUGGAGGACAGCGCACCAGGCAGGCCGCUGAAAGAGGACCAGGUCUGCCCCAAGGACCAGGCUUUGCAAGUGACCUUCACAGAUGAAACGGCCAACAUACAGGAAAAAUGCAUCUAAUGCUUAGAGUAACAUGAACUCCACCAGUACUCCCACUGUUAAAGAACUGUCUGAGGACAGAUGUGAAGUGGAGACACCACGAUGAAGCCAAAGCUUCUGGAGACUGAAAAAAAAAAAAAAAACCUCCCAUUGUUCUGUAAAUAUCCAGCGGACGCCAACUGAAAUGAUACUGGACAGAUGUACCGAACAAAGCAUUAUCAACGUAUUACUACUCAGUCACAGCUCACCACAAACUCCAUACCACUUAACGCACUCCAUGACACCGCGGUACAGCUAUAACCAAGCAGAUGAUGAAAAGCAUGACAUCAUAGAGGGGUUCUUUUGUUGCACUUUUGGAUUCUAAACCCACCACUAGGCAUCCGGUUAACAUUUGUUUUGUAGCAGUUUGACGACCUGCAUUGCAACUGUAAAGAAUUAAUGCUAAAAUGUGAUGUUUAUUUAUUCUGAGUAUGAAUUGUCUUCUCUGUGAGAAGGUCCAGAUAGUUUGGAGUCACUUUAAAUUGGUACAAGAUGGAUAUGUUCAUGAUCUUUUUUUUUCUUUUAUGUGUAGGAACAUUUGCAAAGAAUUGGGUCAUACUGGUCCACAGAGCAGCUCUGACAUCAAAGCCAGAACGGUACCAGCCCCUAUAUUCCAUAACAAAAGGCAGCUAUACUGUGGAUUACUCACAGCUCCGUUACUGGAGGAUGUAAGGAGCCCUCCAAUCACGUCGUGGGUUAAUACUAAAUAUGUAUUCACUUUAUUCCGACCGUGUACAUUCUUUUACCAAAUCGCUACUAAUCUGAAUCAUCUCCACGGUGAAGUCAACCAGUGGACAAAAACUGAAGACACCGAGCUUCGUGAUGUUCAUGAUGAUUUUUUUUUUGUUAAACUUAAUAUGUAUAAAUGGAUUAACAUCAAACUAACUCUCUGGUUAUUGUUGCCUGAAACAUUCUGACAAAUGAUCUGUUUGUAUUUUGGCCUGAAACUCUUUUUUUUGUUGUUGUUGUUGUUGUUGUUCCAACAGCAUCGCAGUAAAACCUUGACUCCUCUGUGAAUUAAACUCAUAAACAGAAAAUAAAUUUUGAAAAAUACUACAUGAAACUAUGCACUUGUUUUUAUCACCACUAAUAUAGAAGACCUAAUAUUUAACAUUUCGUUGAUUUGUUGAUGUAACGCAGGGGUGCGCACACUGUUUUUGGCCAGUCUAAAAUGAUUUACCAACAAUGAAAUAUACCUCAAAUAUACACUUUCUCAUAUAGACCUGUUUAUAUACAUUA